AUGACUCUUAAGACUCAUUACACUGAUUGCAGUGUAGUAGCCAAAGGCGUUAACUUCGUCAAACGCAAGCUUGCUAAAGCAACCACGAAUGUAGUGCAAACCAUUACUAUCGAUGGCGACAACAUUAGAAUUGUUAUGACCUCUCCAGUAACUACAAAAGAUACUACAUUCAUCGUUGGUCAACCAGUCGAGGAGACGACUUUGCAUGGAGAAAAAGUGAAGACUACCAUAAGAUGGGAAGGUGAUAAGUUAGUAGCAGAAUCAACUGAAUGCAAACAACCACUAACCAAUACGAGACAUGUAGAAAAUGGCAUGAUGGUCAAUGAUCAAAUUCGAGGAAUCUGCUUUGCUCAUCAUUUAUAACUUUUCUAAUAGUAUGCUCAUUUUUCAAAUGUUUCGCCAUACAAAGGUUAACAAUCCUAUUCGCAUUGAGUGCAGCUAUUACGAAUUAUUUCUUGAAAGCUGAAUCGCGUAGUUAAGUUGAGUGGUAUCUGCAGC